CCAGAUAUUAAUUCAUCUUCCAAGAGUUUUUUUAUUAUAAAUAUAUAGAUACAUAUAUAAUAGCAGCAAUAAUGCACCUUUACUUAAGCAAUGUGCUUUCUCAAGGCAAAGUCUCUAGGAGGUUGCGGUGUCUAAGAGCUGGAGCAUUCCUCCUCUGUGUUGUCUUAUGCUGGUGUUUUUUAUGAUGGGAUUCAGCACUGGGUUUGAUUCUGACCAGGGUUACCUUGACCAGGACAGAGAAGAGGAGAGUCAGAGUCAGGUGAGUGCCGAAUUGGAGAGGCAGCUCCGAUCUGCUUCGAGCGUGACCGAGUUAGUGGAUAUAUUUUACCCGGAGUACAGGAGGAUUCACGCCUGUCUGGAGAGGAAGAGCUGGGCAGCUCAGUACAAAACGAGCCAAGGCAGUGGCGCGGAGGCUGCCGUCUUCAUGAUGUGGAACAAGGAAGAUUUAAAAAAUAUUGAACUUGAAUGGGAAAAGACUCAGUGUAAGCCUAGAGAAGUGUGCUUGGAUGUGGGGAAAGAGCUUGGGCCUACAACAAACACGUUCUACAAACCUCCCUGUGUGUCUGUCCACAGAUGUGGAGGCUGUUGCAACAACGAGGGACUCCAGUGUGUCAAUGUCAGCAUUGCAUUUGUCAGUAAGACGCUGAUGGAGAUCAAGCUGCCGAAAGCCCAGAUACCCCGGCCCGUAACUGUCAGCUUCCUCAACCACACGGCCUGUCGCUGUCAGCCCAAACCAGACUCACCAUUGCACUCCAUCAUUAGACGUUCCUUGAGGGCACCACAGUGCGUUCUGGCAAACAAAACAUGUUCUCACGGCCUGACCUGGGACUCCAGUUACUGUGACUGUCUCACUGACUCGGAGAUCUUCAGCUCAGCCCCCAGCGGUCAAGGAGACACAGAGGACGACAUCUGUGGCCCUCGCAUGCAGUUCAACGAAGACACGUGCGACUGUGUCUGCGCGAAUGGGCUCUCGACGUCCAGCUGUGGCCCCAACCAGAAGCUGGACGAGAGCACCUGUCGGUGCGUGUGUGACCACAAGCCGCCCAGGGGAACGUGCGGGGAGCACGAGGAGUGGGACCAGACCACCUGCCAAUGUGUCUGCACCAGGAUCUGCCCCAAGUCACAGCCACUCGACCCGCACAAGUGCACCUGUCAAUGCACCGAGUCCUUAUCCUCCUGUUUCCUCAAAGGCAAGAGGUUCGAUCCACAGACGUGCAGAUGCUACAGAUUGCCUUGCAGGACCCAAAGCAAACACUGCCAAGUGGGUCUCUACUUCAGCCAUUAUGUCUGCAGCUGUCUUCCAUUAUACAUGAAACAAUAUCAAAUUGAAGACUGACACACAAACCUCUUUCCUGCAUCUCCGUCAGUCACGUGGAAGGAAAGGAACGAACGUUUCGGUCGGCAGCCCUCGAGUAUUUUUUUUGUCGCUCUCAGUCAAGAGUUUUAUCCGAUUUAGUAGCUACUUCGGCCGCGGAAAACACGCGUGGAAAAAAGAGGGUUCGUCCCUCAGAAGGUGGACUGUGACUUGUUCGCCUCUCGCAAGUUAACCCCCCCCACCCCC